CAAAGCCGCGCGCUGCCACCUCCCCACCUUCCUCUCCCCUCCCUCCCCUUCCACUUCCACCACCUCCGAAGCAAUCGGUCGGAGCAAGAAGCAGACAGCGGCCGGCUCCUCCAACUCCCAGGCAGCCAUGGACGCCGCCGAGGCGAGGAGGAGCAGCAGCGCGUCCUCCUCACCGGAGUUCGAGUUCUGGCCGCUCCACCCCAACCCCGCCGCCUCGCCCUCCUGCGCCGACGAGCUCUUCGCCGGCGGGGUAAUCCUUCCGCUCCCCGUCCUCCCACCGAAGCAGGCGUCCAGGAAGAACAGGGGCAGCGCCAUCAGCCAAGGUGUGCCGCCCGUCGCGGAACCGGAGCCGGAGCCGGAGCUAGGGGAGGCGUCCCUUCUUGCGACCGUCGCGCCGCCGCCUACAGCCUCGAUCACUUCCCCGGCGCCGCCCACCGCCUCCGGAGGAGGAGGAGGAGGUUCCAAGCGCUGGACCGACAUCUUCUCCAAGAAGCCGGCGCCGGUGGCCGAGGAGAAGGACCGGGACAAGGAGAAGGAGAAGCGCAAGGACGGCACCGGCAGCAGCCGGAAACAGGGGGGCGGGCACUGCGGCUCCGGCGGCGCAGGCUCGGAGCUGAACAUCAACAUCUGGCCCUUCUCGCGGAGCCGCUCGGCCGGCGGCGGGUCCGGGUCCGGUUCGUCCAGGCCGCGGCAGCCCGCGAGGAAGGUCAGCAGCGCGCCGUGCUCGCGCAGCAACUCCCGCGGCGAGGCCGGCGGCGCCCCUCCGCUCCGGCGGUGGGCGGCGAGCCCGGGCCGCUCCGGCGGCGGCGUGCCGGUGGGCCGGUCCAGCCCGGUCUGGCAGAUCCGGCGACCGGCGGCCAAGCCUGCGCCCGCCCCUGUCGCCUCAGCCUCUGAGCUGUUCACCGACAGGCGAGCGCCACCGCCGACGCAGCACAAGGAGAAACCGGCCGGCGCUGCCAACAACGGCCGGAAGCCUGGCCUAGGCGGCGGUGUCCGGGGCCUGAACCUGAGCGUGAACUCGUGCAUCGGGUACCGGCACCAGGUCAGCUGCCGGCGGGCGGACGUCGGCGCCGCUCGCGGCUCCGGCUCCGGCAGCGGCGGGCUGUUCGGCAUCAAGGGGCUCUUCUCCAAGAAGGUGCAUUGAGCAGCCUGUUCUGUAUUCAGUAAUCACCUUCGGGCUCCUCCCUGAUCAUCACUCAUGUAGUAACUCUUUUUUACCCUUUUUUUAGUAGUAUUUUUUUUAACUUUCUGGGUUAUAUAAAUGGUACGUAUGAGAUGUGUGUUUGUGAGGGAGGUUGUUAAUUACAUGUAAAGGAAUGCAUGGUUAGCCAGUAACCGGUUUUUGUAAGGCUAAUGCUUGGUGAUAUCUACUGUAAAAAGUUUAGUGACGUUAACCAGCUCUGCUUUAUAUA